ACGAUGGCCAUGGAUAAACAAUAAUACGGAAGAAGGUGCCGGUGAGGACGGCGCUUAGUCAUCGCUAGCCCAACAGUCCCGAAGCUCUCACCAAAAACCAAAAAACUUAUCGACGGCCAGGUCCGACACGGAGUUAGGAGGUUCUGGGGCUGAUUUCUUCCCGCAAGUCUCCUUCACAUCAUCAUCCUCAUCCGCAGAAGAAGCUAUCUGAAGUCGUUUCUUCUUUUCACUCCCGGAAUUACACUCUUUGAGACGGCAAUGGCUGCCCCCCGACUUUUCCGCCCAGCAGCUCGCCUGCUUUCUUCUCGACUUUCCGCUACACCCUUCCGUUCUACUUUCCAGAAGUCCGCCUGUGCGCCCUCGAUCCUACGCGCUCGGGGAUAUGCGACGGAAAGCGGUACUAAGGAAGUUACUGUCCGAGACGCAUUGAACGAAGCCCUUGCGGAGGAGCUUGAGAGUAACCCAAAGACGUUUAUCCUGGGUGAGGAGGUUGCGCAGUACAAUGGAGCAUACAAAGUGACGAGAGGUCUAUUGGACCGCUUCGGUCCCAAGAGGGUUAUUGAUACUCCCAUCACAGAGGCUGGCUUUUGUGGUUUGGCUGUUGGCGCCGCCCUCGCUGGACUGCACCCUAUCUGCGAGUUUAUGACCUUCAACUUUGCUAUGCAGGCCAUUGAUCAAAUCAUCAACUCCGCCGCCAAGACACAUUACAUGUCUGGAGGUAUUCAGCCUUGCAACAUUACUUUCCGUGGACCUAACGGAUUUGCUGCUGGUGUCGCCGCUCAGCACUCCCAAGACUACUCGGCCUGGUACGGCAGUAUUCCUGGCUUGAAGGUCGUGGCUCCUUGGAGCGCUGAGGACGCCAAGGGUCUGAUGAAGGCCGCUAUCCGUGACCCCAACCCUGUCGUUGUCCUUGAAAAUGAGCUUUUGUAUGGUCAAGCAUUCCCCAUGAGCGAGGCUGCCCAGAAGGAUGACUUCGUUCUUCCUCUUGGAAAGGCCAAGAUCGAGCGUCCUGGAAAGGAUCUGACCAUUGUUUCUCUGUCCCGCUGCGUUGGACAGUCCCUCAACGCUGCCGCUGAGCUGAAGCAGAAAUAUGGAGUCGAAGCUGAAGUUAUUAAUCUUCGGUCCGUCAAGCCGCUCGAUGUUGAGACAAUCAUUCAGUCGCUCAAGAAGACCGGUCGCCUGAUGUGCGUCGAAUCCGGCUUCCCCAUGUUCGGUGUCGGGUCCGAAAUCCUCGCCUUGUCCAUGGAGUAUGGUUUUGACUAUCUCACUGCUCCCGCUGUUCGUGUUACCGGCGCUGAGGUUCCUACACCUUACGCUGUUGGUCUUGAGCAGAUGAGCUUCCCUCAAGAGGAUACUAUCGUUGGCCAGGCUGCCAAGCUUCUACGACUGUGAACUGGCUUUAUGUGAUAAAUUGGAGGUGUUCCCAGAAUUUGGAGGAUCAAAAUCAUGCGUCUAGUACCCUUUCUCUAUUGCAAGCCUUUCCAUUGUUUCUUAAUCUAAAUUAACUUUAUCCGAAACUGUACAACUACACUAGAGAAUCAACUCCAAACUCAAUUUGUCAGCUUUUGUCCAUCUUUUUCUGU